AUGGCGACUGGAUGGAUGAAGUCAUUGAAUUGCAAGACAAAAGCAUCAGACGACGUCGUUGAGAAUCACCACCUCCGCAGUAACCACCACCAUAACAGCACCAAAAUUCACCGCCACCACCAGUACCACCGGUUAGCGACCUCCACCAGCUGCAGAAACUCCGCCACCAAAGAUACAGUAACCAAAUCCAAAAAACCCGUUUCAAGAAAGCCCGAACCCGGUGCACACCAUACCACCAAUAGAACACGCACCACCGUCUCUACCCUGCAUUCGCAUGUUAAAGAUUCGUUUUUUCCUUCCCUCACUGAGCUUCCGGUGGGGUACGCUUCACGUAAUGUGGUGGAGAUUAUCUUUCAUACAAGUUGGGGGCCGAAGAAUUUCUCUGGUGAGAUUGAAACGAUUUUUAAAGUGCAGAAUUUGGCCCGGACUGUGACCCGGUUUGAGGAGUAUAGAGAGAUGGUGAAAUCCAAGGCAAGUUCUGGAUGUGGUGAAGCCGUCGGUGAUGACCAUGCGCGUUGCGUUGCUGAUGGGAAUGAAGUGAUGAGGUUCUUCUGCUUGGGACCCACCAAUGGCGGAGCGUAUGAUUCGGGUGGUGGCGCUUGGUCAUUUAACAGCUGGAAAGGCGCGGCGAUUUGUACAUUUUCGGGGAGUGGUGAGGCUCAUGAGAGUGCCGGUGGUGGCAGCGGAAGGCGGGCCAUGUUAGUAUGCCGAGUUGUAGCUGGCCGGAUUGGGAAGCAACUCGGGUUUGACUCGGUGCUAGAAGGGCGAGAUAGGUACGACUCGGUGAGUAGGGAUAAUGGCGAGUUACUGGUGUUUGACACACGUGCCAUAUUGCCUUGUUUUCUCAUUAUCUACAAAUUGUAA